ACUUUUGUUUAAUUUCUAGAAUGAAACCACUUAUACCGCAUCUGUGACCCUGUUCAACACCAUGGAUCCGUACACUGCUGAAGCUGGGAGGGUAGAGGUCCCAAGAAUCCGGCUUGAAGUCCCUAUCAUGUGUACCUACAUGAAGAGCAUGUUGAUUUCUGCAGACUUUGGCUCCAUGGGGUAUGACAUGAUACAGGAUGUGAUCACGGGUCUGGGAUCCUUCCAGGUGGCGGUGCAGCUGAUGAACGGCACCGAGCCUCUGCCCAAUAACUACAGCCUGUCCCAUGAUCAGGCUGUGGUGCUGGAGGUCAGCCUGAACAGCAGCUCACAUCAGAUGAAGGUGGUCAUAAACGAAUGCUGGGCCACUCCCACCAAAAACCCUGCAGACUCCUCCAGCUACACCUUCCUGAGGAACAGCUGUCCUCUGAACUCUUACACUGAAGUGUUAAUGAAUGGUAACUCCACCAGCUCCCGCCUGUCUGUCCAGAUAUUCUCCUUUGUUAACCUGAAUGUGAUCUACCUGCACUGCCAGGUCCAGAUCUGUGUCCAGAUUGGCUCUGACACCUGUGUCCCAAACUGCUUACAGAGAACAGCUCAAAGUGGGAAGAUAGUUGCAAGAAGUACUGGAUCAUAUGGGCCUCUACUCAGACUCAAUGAUGAGUCCCUGGAGGAGAAGCUCAACAUGCUUCACAUAGUUGGCCUCUCCUGUCUCGGAGUCGGUUUGUUUCUCUUCUUCAUCGUUGGAUUCAUCUGCCUGUUUUACUGCCAGAGGAACCGUAUCGGAAACUACAACCUGAACGUCCAACCCAAGCAGGAGAACUUCACCUAUCUGGUUUUCAACACUUAAUGAUAAUAGUACUGCAGCUGUUACAGAGAAUCACCACUAGGGGUCAAUGUUGUGUUUAUUUCUGAGGUCAUUUUACAUGAAACUGUUUUUGUUCCCCUCACUGUAUCAAAUAUGUUGAUGUUAAAAACAGGCUUUCGUUUGAAUAAUUUAAUGACUAAAUUAGAAUUUUUAAAUAAAACCUUUGGCUUUGUUGAAGUUGAUCAAAUCUGACUCAAAAUUUGCCCAUAGCAGGUUUCAAAUGUGGUCAUGAAAAUGUAUUAGGACGAUUAAAAAUUUAAAAGCAUAGGAAAUGUAACGCUUCAUGCUUGUUGAUUAGAUGUAAAAGGUUUGAAUUAAAUUAUAUGUGAUAUAUUUUGAUAACUGUCAUAUUAUAGUAAACUUUACUAACCCAGAGGGAAACCAGCAAUCUAUGCUGCAUGAUGCUUUACAAUAAAUGUAAACACACUGAAUGAACUGGUGAGGCGUGCUCUUGGUUGUUCCUGUUUCUCCUCCAGUCAGAUCACUUGCUAAAAGAAAAACAAUCCCUCCAUGUUGAACAGAGAUUAUGGGGAAGAUCCAGCAUCUCUCCAGGCUCACUUCCCAUAAUCCCUCAUUGUUGACUGUCAGGUCAUAAUGCAGCUCAGGCAUCGAUGGUUGAGGGGGUGAAUACUGAGUAAUUGAAGCUUUCUCUGUAUGAGAGCAGGGUCCCUAGAGAGGGACUUACUACCAUCUGGAGAGCUGCAGAUGCCCCACCUCCUUAUUAACCCAUUCAGGCUGACUGUACCUGGCAACCAAUCUCCAUGGCAACAGGAAAAGAAGGAGACGGCUUUAAGUGGAUGGAGGAUGAGGAGCAGGGAGCUAGUGCUGUUCAGAACCAUGCAAUUGGCUGAAAUGUGUUUUUAUUGUUGCUUCUGUUGAAAUGUGCCGAUCCA